AUGAAACGAUCACACAAAACUCGAUUAAAAGUCCAGGGCGGCAAAUUUAGAACCGAGUCACUGGUUACGUUAGUAGAUAACGAGGACGGCGUGGUGGUGCGCGGCCUGCGCGUGAGCGGCGCGCGCUGGGCCGGCGCGCUAUACCCCGCCGCCGCCGCCGACGCGCCGCACGCGCCCGCGCCGCCGCUGCUGCUGCGAUACGUGCCCACGGAGGAUGCGGCCACGGCGGACGCGGUGGACGCGGAGGCGGGCGGCGCGCUGCAGCUGUGCGUGUACGCGAGCGCGGCGCGCGAGGCGGAGCUGGCGCGCGUGCGGGCGCCACUGCACGCGCAGUACGCCGCGCGCGCCGCGCUGCUGCACGCGCCCGCGCUGCACGUGGCCGCCCACGGCCGGGGCCAG